UUUUCAUUAUUUUUUCCAGUUCAAACGUUCAGGAACCUCUGUGCGAGCAUUAUAACAUAAAUAUAAAUAUAAGCAACAACUGUUGGUUUUGAACGUCAUACUAUUUUUUUUCGUGACUUAAACUAUUGAUUAAUUUUUUUUUUUUUAAUCACAGGUAACUAAAAGUAACAAUAUCAAAGAUCAAACGCGUAUUUUGCAAAAUGUUGAUGUUUCUGACAACCGUCGUAUCUUGCCUGUGCAUGAUGGAUUUGGGAGCGGCGAUAUCAGUGCCAACAGGCAAGACGACGCCCAUUGAACCUGCUGCGCCAGAGCCAAAAAUAAUUCCCGUGCCUGGUUCCUAUCUGGCACCACCGGCUCCCGUACAAGAGUAUUCGGAAGAAAGACCCGAACCACCGCCAUUGGAUCCGUCUUAUGUGCCAAUCCCAUACAACUUCAUCGAGUACUUGGCGCCUCAAAGUCUUAUACUGGUACCAAUGAAAAUUAAGUUCCAAAAACCUUAUUCAAAGUAUGAAAAAUACCCUCUCACAGCGACUAAGUAUCAGAAGCUUAUCAAAAAUGAAAAUAUGAGACGGAAAUACUAUUCAAAUAUACCACAACAAAAUUAUAUUCCAUUGAACUGAUAAGUGUUAUAAAUUAUCUUGUCGUCAAAAAUAUUUGCCAUGUCAUAUACAUAUAUUGAUAUAUUAUAUGUAAUUAAAAUAAAAUGUUAUACAUUUUUUUACCUCUUAAAAAUAAUUGUUUCUAUCUCUACUAUAACCAAUAUUGUUUUGUAAUAUAAUUUAUAUGUAAUAUUUUAAUAUAAUAUAGUAUAAUAUUAUAACAACGUGUAAUAAAUGUCAUAUUUGUAUAUUAUAAACAUACUGUCAAUAUU